UGUCAUAUGCUUAAAAUUUCAACAGAUGUAAACCACUUAUAAUUUCCUUCCGGUUUUUUGUUGGUUUUCUUGUUUUUUUUAGUUAUUAAAUGUGUAGUGUGGAUGCAAUGGCUUUUGUAAAGUCGUUCAUAGUAUGCAUUUUAAGCUUUUUUGUUAUUGAUUUAUUUGAGGUUUCUUCGCAAUGGAAUGUCUUCAAGGAGUCCAUGAACGAGAAAAAUUUCAAUUAUAGCAACUGCAACAGCUCAGCAGUCCCACUGUAUGUUAAAUAUCUUCAUAUAUCUCCAGAUCCAAUAAUGUUUGGAAAUGAAGUAAAGAUCGAUUUAAAUAUGACCCUGGAUGAAGAUGCAGGCAUUGAUAACAAUAGCAUUGAGGUCGAUUUAAGUUUACGUUUGAAGACAAAGACCGGUUACACAGAAUUGUGCCAGAUCAUAGGGGAAUCAUACUGCCAUUAUAACGAUUUGUGUUCUAUUCUGAAAGAUUUUAUGACAGGCAAAAAGUGUCCAGAGGACAUACGAAAAAAGUUCAACAAUACGUGUGCUUGCCCAUUCAAUAAAGGGCCUUAUAAUAUCCAGGGUAUUAAAGUCAACUUAACGCAGCUAUCUUUUGAGGUACGAGGAACAUUUGUUUUGACCGUUAAUCUACACGAGAAAGGAAAAAUUUUGGGAUGUGUUGAAAUCCAGUUCUGUAUAACCGACUGCAACCCCUUGGGAUACAGAUAAUAUGACAUAAUGUUAUAUCAGCAAUGACCAUUCAGAAAAAAAUGUAUGUGUGCGGAAGUUAUGUGUAGAGAUUGUGUUCGUUGUACAGAACUGAUUAUAUUUACAUAACAUAUCAUUCAACAUAAUAUGAAAAUUAGCCUUCAUGUUGCCGAAAAAAAUGUGUAUCUUACACAUUUCUAAUGAAUUGAAAAGCCUAACUAAAUGAAGAACCUAACUU